AUGGCUGUAAUUCAAGGGCUUUUAUUUAGCCUAGAUGGUUUUGUUACAGCGUUGUUAAAAUCUCCUUUUAAUCAAAUGUGUUAUGCUAUUAAUAAAUCCGAGGGGAUAUCAAAUAAAAAAAAAGAUUAUAUAAUUACCAAGGCCACUGAGUCGAAUGAACACUGUAAAGAAACCUUAAAGAAAUUUGGAAUAAUAACAAUUGCCGGUCAAUUAUUAACCUUUAUUGCCGUUAGUAGCAGUGAAGAAAAUAAGUUAGGUGAAUAUGGGCAUUUAAUGGUUAUAAGUUAUCUAGUUCCGAUACUUUUUGCGGCACUUGACAUUUAUUUGAUUCAUAAAGAACUGAGAAAAAUUAAAAAAAAUGUCAAGUCUACUCAUGGCUUGAAACCAGAUGAGUCAAUUUUCCAAGUAGGCGAAUAUGGUCCGUAUCAGCAAACACAAAGGUUAGAUAUUUAUUAUAAAUAUAUAAAUAAACUAUUAAAAGAAAAAAAGGUCUAUUACUGUUUUUGCUCUCCCGAGGAACUAACCCGAGAAAAAGAGGAGUAUAUAAGAGAAAAUAAGCGAAGUAAUUAUCAAUACUCGCGGAAAUGCUUACAAUUGAGCGAAAAUGAGAUUGAAUCUUUUCUCCAAACCCAAAAGCCUUAUGUUUUGCGCUUGAAAAUCCCCCCAACUAGAAGUUAUUUUUUCCGUGAUUUAGUGCGAGGCGAAGUGAAAUUUGCGGGAAAAGAUAUUGAGGAUUUUGUAAUUUGUCGCAGCAAUGGCACCCCUCUGCUUAAUUUUGUGGUAGUUAUUGACGAUUAUUGCAUGAAAAUUAGCCAUGUUUUACGGGGCGAGGAGCAUUUAUCUAAUACUAGCAAGCAAUUAGUUUUAUAUGAAGCGUUACAAUGA